AUGACUUCAAAAUUUGCUGAAAACGAAAGGAAACUUACCGAGACCAGAAUGUCUCAGAUGGAGCGGAAGAUCGAAAAGACGAUGAAGAUGUUAGCAGAUCUCGAUGUUUCUGGAGACGAUACUAAAGAAGCGAAUAGAAAAUUGGUCAAGGACCAAAUUGCCCCACAGAUCCCGAUGUUAAAAGAUGGAGCUGCUAGGAGCAACGGUAUUUUGUUCAUUGAAUAUUACAAUGCCUUAACUAGCGUUUUGGAAGCUCAUGACUGUGGUCAGGUGAAGGUGCUUUUUGAAGCGAAACAAGUCUGA